AUAAACCCUAUUUUUUCUCUCUGUAAACCACCGUCUCUUUUUUCUCCCGCUUUGUUCAACUCCACAGUGAAACAAACCUCUCAACAGUAAAGCCCUAGCUCUCUUCUCCGCCCGCCUCUCCACACUCUCGUGGGAUUGAAAGGCUUCCACUCCAUUACUUAUCCCCCACCGGUCCGAUUCCACAAAAUUGCCGCAAUGGCCACCGUCACUUCGAGGGACCUUCAAGAGAUCGUCUCGAAGCUAUCCUCCGAUAAAGCUAAAACUCGCGAAGAAGGAAUUAAGUUGUUGAACACCUGGUUAGAAGGCGAAAGAUCCACUGGCUUUGUUAGAUACAUCGGACAGAAAACUGCAAUGCUUAAACCGAGUGAGAUACGUCAUUCCGAAUCAUGGCCUUUUCUCAUUACACUGCUCACUAAGUGUGUAACACUGGAGAUAUCCUCAAGCAAGCGGCGAUUGCCAAAGUUAAUUUUUGCUAAAACUUUGCGCAUUGUUGUACAACGGGUGGAGGAUUCCGGUCUUUCAGGCAGGAAUUUGCAUCUGGUCUCUGUGGCGAAAUUGCUUUUCAACCAUAUUUGGGAUGUCUUAAAGGAUGUUCCCAGCUUUCAACAUGAGUACGGGAUUAUCCUUCGCCAUCUUUUGGUAGUUAGAGAUUAUCGAGUUCACAUGAGGGUGCGAGUUUAUUGCAGUUUGGUGAUUUUUCACAUAGAGAAGGUGUGGACAAACUUGAGCGUGAAGAAUAGUACUCAAUCUAAUCCAAAGGAGGACGUGUUUCGUUGCAUCCUGACUCUCCAUUCACUUCUUGAAAAUCCUCCUGGAGAUUUUCCAAGUAAUCUCCGAGAAGACAUUGUCAAGGGGAUUGUCACGAUUUUCUCUUUUGUGAGGGAUGAGGGGAAGCUUUCACGUAAGCUAAUCGAAUGUGUCAAUACGUACUUGUUGAAAGAUGGUCCAAAUUUGGGCUGUCAGUCCUUUGAAAUCCAUGAUGCUGUGAAGCAGUUUGCGUUCCGUUGUUGGACAACAACCCAUGACCGCGGUCUAAAGGAUGCACUUGUUCUAUAUGCUAGGUUACAAUUAAAUUUGACUAGGGGUGCUGCUGAUGGUAGUGAAUUGGUGGAACAUCUUUUGGAUGUAGUUGGGAAGGAGCUCGAUCAAAAUAGUAUUUGCAGUACCAAUCUUGCCUGGAGUGACACAACCAAGGAUGAUAAGUGUGGAAAUUUAACAAGCUCACAAUGUGGCAUGGUGGAGCUCGCGGCCCUUGUCUUUUAUCGGGUAUGCCUCCAUACAACCAAAGCACCAUCAGCUGAAAAACGAGCCAGGAAGGAGCAUGCUGCUGCCUACAUAAGAGAGGGGCUCAUGAAUGGAAGAUGGUUGUGUACAUGGUCUGAUUUAAUCAAAGGAGAGGUUUGUGACAGGAUUGCUGCCUUUUGUUGUCUCUCGUGUAACUACGGUACUCGUAUCAGUAAGGAUCUUUUUGCCUACUGGUUUGAUGGCAUUUGUGCAAGCUUUGAAAGAAUAAUGAAUGAUGCAACUGUGAGCCACACGUACGAUUGUUUGCUGUGGGCUCUCAGGAGUCUGCAUCAACUCUCUUCUGUGCUGCUGCUUUCAGUUCCUAGAAUGGAGGCCUCCUCAAAUGAGUCUGACAGAGGUUGGCACACAAUAUGGCACUGUCUGAUGAGUGGCUUACCUGUAUUCAGUAAUGUCGCCUCUGUUGCAGAUGCUGCUUUGAUUGUCCUUGGAGACAUAAUAUCUAAUGACUCGACGAAUACAUUCAUUAUACCUCAAGAUGUAUGGGACCUUCGUUUAUUUAAGCGGCUGCCAUCGGUGCCAGUCUUGUGCUUCAUUUCAUGUUAUUUUUCAAGAAGAGGCUCUCAAGGUGACCUUCGUGACAGUUUACAUCUCAGACAAAAUCUCUUGAGGGCAGUUUUGGCUCUAUUAAACUGGCAGGAUUGUCCUAUGUUGAAUGAGGGCCUUGUAAGAUUUUUGCCAGCAGCUGUUUAUGCUCUUUGCGCUGGUUGUGCUCCUUUGCCACUUGAUUGCAAGGAACUUUUCCCGUAUCACUCAUCCAUGGAUGUUCUUGUGGAGGAAUGCAUCAAGGGGGAAGAUCAUGAAAAUGGCAGUCUGCACGAACUUUUCGAAUGCUCUGUGGAAGUCCUGGCAAAAAUUGAUCAUGGUUCUGUUCCUGAGGUUUGUCAAUCCCACUGCUACCGAAAUGUACGCCUUCCCCAUCAGUUAAGAGUUUUGCUUCUUCAGGAAAUGGAGACCUAUAUUCUUGAAGCUUUACUGGAUAAAGAGCUCGAACAGAAACUUCUAUGUGACCUCUUCUAUAAGUGUGCCCUCUUAUCUAGUUUUAUGUUUGGUUCUUAUAUAACAAGGGUAACAGAAGAAGUUUCACCAUUCUUUGCGAAAAUGGGUCAGCACUUGUUAAAACUCCUGGAUUGUGCUAUUUCUGUCAUUGAAAAGAGUCAUAAUGACGUGAGAACAGGUUGUUUAAGCACAACUUCUAUUUUUGAGGGCAUGACUUCCAUAAUGGCUUCUUGCAAGAGUUUUGUUUGCUCUCCUCUUUUCAACAAAUGGACAGAUCAAAAUGUGAUUGAUGUAACAGUCUACACUGCAUUAAGUCAAUCUAUUGAGAGGCUUUUGAAAGCUUUGGUCAAAUUAUAUGAAGAAUGUUCUCCUAGCGCUACGAGUUUUCAGUCUGAGAUAGAGCUGCCUGACUUUCCUGCUUCCAUCUCUUGUGUUCCAACAUCUCCAUCAAAUAGCAGUAUAAGUAUGAUUAUGGACAUGGAGUUGGAUUUGAGUCAGGACUCGAAAGAUCUUGAUGCUAUAGCAGUCAGCCGGAAAACUGUCAGUGGUGUUUCUGUCUCAUCUGGGUUGUGGAAGUUUCACAUUUUAUCACUUAUUUCAAGUUUUUUCGAAGUUCUACCUGUGGUGGUGUGGGAAAUUUUGUUUGACCUCAUGGAAAAAGAAAAUGAAGCAAACGUCUUGGAAAAUAUUUUACUCAAUCUUUGUCGACAUCCUUAUUGGUCCUCUUCCAAACAGUUUUCACACUUGGUUUUGUCAAUGAAUAACUUUGUAGAUUUGAGGACAAACCUUAAACUACAAUGUUCUAAUAUCCUAGUUGCUAUAUAUGAUCUGCUUGGGACCUUAAUUUCCUUGGACACUCGUGGGAAGGAUAGCAGUACUGUUGGAAAGGAAAAAAAUGUUGUCACAUCUUUAAGGGAAAGAAUAUCGGAAAAGAGCUUGAUACUUCUCGGAGAUUUGUUAAACAGAGUUGCAGAAAAUGACCUCUUUGAUUGGUCUGGACGCUCGAAGUUAAUAGACUGCAUAUCCAAUUUCAUAGUAGUCAGACCUCACAUUGGUCAGACUAUGAUUGAAAAGCUACUCAGAAUGCUCCAGGAUCCUGAUUACCGAGUUAGGUUCUCCUUGGCAAGGCGGAUUGGCACUCUUUUCCAAACUUGGGAUGGCCACGAUGACCUUUUCCAGGAUAUAUGUUCAAAUUUUGGUGCAAAGUUGGUGGUUUCAUCGAAGGAAAAAGUGGUUACUGCAAAAGAGGUCUUGGCUGCUGGUCGUCAGCCUCGUCCAACAAUGGAAACCAUUAUCAUCACUCUCAUGCAUCUCGCAAUGUUCAGUGAGAAGAUAGAGCUCGAGGCGGUUUUUAUGAUGUGUGUGAUUUCUGCAAUUGAUCCUUCUCAGAGGGAAUUAGUUGUUGCCGCGCUUGAUAAUCUAUCAAGACAGCUCCAGUAUACUAGCAGGUCAAAGUACUUGGAGGAACUUAUGGGAUCAAUUCUCUUUUCUUGGGUUGCUUGUGGCGUGAGCCUAGUUUCACUCGUUGAGAUAAGGGAUCUAUUUGUUUCCGGGAUGGAGCCCAGUUAUUUCAUGCAGUAUUGUUGCCUUUGGCUUCUUCCAGCUUUAGUUUUGCAUGGGGAGACUUCCAACCUAGACUGGGUAGCUAAGGUGGCCCAUCAACAAGCAACACAUCUGGUGAAGAACUACUUUGUUCCAAUUUUUUCUGUUUGCAUGGCGUUACAUUGCAGUAAGAAGUCGGGAUGGGAAAAUGAAGCGAUGGUGCUUCAGAGUUCAAUUUUGCGUAUAGCUGAUAUAUCUGAGAACGAAAGAGACAAACUCGUAAAGAAACAUAUGGUAUCCAUUGUCAGCUAUAUUUUUUCGCUAGCCUCUUCCGAGUCAGACCCCAUGCUACCUUUCUUCUCCAAAGAAGCAAUUGUUCAUACAAUUCAAACAGUUGUUGAUGGAUUCCUGAACAUGGAAGAGCGUUGCAGGAGUUCCGGUGUCAUUGACAUGAUUAAAAUUUUCCGUCCAGAUAGAGUUUUUAUGUUCAUCAUUGAAAUGCAUUACAAAGUUACUGCCGCAGUUCAUCACAGGCACAAGUGUCACCGGUUGGCUGGAAUUGAGGUGCUUAUUAGUAUUCUGGGGCACAGAGCUGCACAUUCUAGCACUUUCAAUUAUCUUUUCAACUUGGCGGGGCUAUUUAUUUGUUGUAAUGGUUUACAAGACCAAUGUUGUCGUAUCAUUUCCUCGUUGCUCCAAACAUACAGAAGCAGCCCAUCAAAAGAAACUGCUGGUGCACUGGGUGAACAGCUUCAGUAUUUGGUAUCCAAGUUGGUUGGUUGUUGCAUUCCAUUGGUAUCCAACAGUGAUCUUUCUGGCACUCAAUCUUCUCAAGUUCUGUCAUUGCUUAAUCUGCUUACUGUGGAUUCCGACCCAUCGCUCCAUGACUAUAUCAAAGAACUGGAGCCUUUCCCAGAACUAGAUGAAUUUGAUGGGAUACGGAAGUUUCAGCAGCAAUUAUGUCAAGACUACUCACCAAAGGAACACUUGAUAAAGUUUGUGAAGAGAUCUUGCUACCUCCCUCCGACGUUACUACUGUGCAGUAUGAAGGCAUUACACAAGAAAUUAGUCAUGGGGGUAAUCCGUCAGAGAGAAGGCAAGACAGAGAUUAUUUGUGCAGAAAAUGAUUGGUGUUGCGACAAUCAAAGUGUCCAAGCAGUUUGGAGACUAGUUCGAAUGUGUGGAUUGGGUGAAGGAAACAGUUUAUUGGCAUGGGUGUCGGAUCUUAUAUCAAAGGUCGGGAUUGGGGAUCCACAUAGUGUUGUUUUUCAUCUCCCUGGAGAGUCGGGUCAGACACAUUUUUGUCCGCGACUUUAUCCUGAAAAUUCUACAGAAGCAAAUUUUCAUUUGGACACUGGCAUAUCUGAAGAACUACUUGUUUCUCUUAUGCGGCUUCUGAAGAAAUAUCUGAUGGAUGAUUCUGUUAAGAUAAUUGACAUGACGUCACAAACUAUCCAGGGGAUACUCUCGACUGAAAAGGGCCAAAGAGCUUUGCUAUCAUUUGAUUCUCUUCAGAGGUCUCUCAUUGAGGUCCACUCUAAGGGUGUUAAUAUGGAGCUCGUACAGAAUCUGCUAUUGGAUCAGGAGAGGAAGUUUAGUGCUGAAGCAAUUUCAUUGGAGAAGUCUACUCUAUGGAAGACUCAUGAGAAAAAUUUUGAGACAUGGAUUUGCCCACUUGUUUAUGCUCUUAUUGGUUAUUCCGAUGAUAUUAUUUUGAGAUUAUGCCAAGAUAUUGUAAUGCUGAAAUCUGAAGUUGCGGAACUUCUGUUACCGAAUGUUGUGGUCAACCUAGCUGGAAGGAAGAAUUUGGACAUUGAUCUUUGCAGAAUAAUCUCUUUGCAGUUGGAGGAAAAUAUCUUGGCAGAAUCCAAUGUGUUGAUUAAAUCGAUACAGGUCAUUUUGGACACACUUAAUGAGCUCCGACUAUGUUAUGUUAUGGAAAGAACUUCAUCAUCUUUCGGAAGAGACAAUUUGAUGUAUACUAAGCCAUCAAGUUGUGGCCCAAAAUCCCGUUCCACAUCUGUUAAGACAAAAGAUUCUACUUCUACUUCGACUGCAUUCGUGAUCUCAACAUCAUCGUGGGACAAGGUAUAUUGGCUAUCCGUCGAUUAUCUUCUUGUUGCUAAGUCAGCAAUUAGCUGUGGUGCUUAUUUUACUGCUGUUCUAUACGUGGAGCACUGGUGCGAGGAGCAUUUUAACCGCCUCACCUUGGGGAGCCCAGAUUUCUCUCAUGCUGAUGUACUUCCACACCACAUCGCAAUAUUGGUCUCGGCAGUCACUCAAAUCAAUGAACGGGACAGCUUGUAUGGUAUUAUCCAGUCCCACAAGUUAGCCUCGCAAAUUGUUACCUUUGAACAUGAGGGAAAUUGGAGCAAAGCGCUGGAGUACUAUGACUUGCAAGUCAGAUCUGAGGCAGAGAUUCAAAUGGAAGGCUCUUCCAGACAAAAGUUUCAUGAGCGUUCCCAACCAACAAUGUCUCUUUCCUUUUCGAAUACAGAAGAUGAGAUGAGACAAAGGAAACCAUACAAAGGGCUGAUUAGAUCUUUGCAGCAAAUGGGUUGCACUCAUAUGUUGGACCUAUACUGCCAAGGUUUGACUUCUCGUAAAGGCCUGUUUGAGCAGGACUUGGAAUUCUCUGAACUCCAGUACGAGGCUGCUUGGCGAGCCGGAAAUUGGGAUUUCUCUUUGCUGUCCGUGGGAGAUAGCUCUUCCCGUUUGAGUCAAGACCCUACAAAAGGGCAUUUCCAUGAACAUUUGUACAGUUGUUUGAGGGCAUUGCAAGAGGGGGACUUCAGAGAAUUUCACUCCACAUUGAGAGAUUCAAAGCAGGAGCUUGUAUUGUCCAUUAAUCAUGCAAGCAAGGAGAGCACUGAAUACAUCUAUUCUACGAUAAUUAAGCUUCAGAUAUUCUACCAUCUUGACAUGGCAUGGAAUUUGCGCUGGGCAUCUUCUUUUGGUGAAAGUAUGAAGUCUAGUACUGAGAUGCGGAAAUUAUUAUCUGAACCUGAUGUCCCUACCCUAGAUCAGCUGUCGUGGCUAAAUACGGAUUGGAGCUGCAUACUGAAACGAGCACAACUACAUAUGAAUUUGUUAGAACCAUUCAUAGCAUUCAGAAGAGUUCUUCUUCAAAUAUUAAAGUGCACGGAUUGUACGGUGCAACAUCUUUUGGAUUCAGCGUCUACUCUUCGCAAGGGCUCUAGAUUUUCUCAGGCUGCUGCUGCUUUGCACGAGUUCAAGUUUCUCUGUGCUGGAGCUGGAGAACAAAAUAGUGCCCUGUAUUGGCUUGGAAGGCUUGAAGAGGCUAAGCUUUUGCGGGCGCAAGGUCAGCAUGAGAUGGCUAUCAACCUUGCAAAGUACAUUUCUCAAAAUCACCAGUCCAGUGAAGUAAUCUCGGAUGUGUAUCGCUUAGUUGGGAAGUGGCUUGCAGAAUCGCGAUCUAGCAACUCUAGAACAAUAUUGGAGAAGUAUCUGAAACGUGCAGUUAUGUUUGCUGAGGAUCGUAACCAUACGGACAAGAAGUCUAUCACAAGACAAAGCCAAACACAUUUCCAUCUGGCACAUUAUGCCGAUGCUCUAUAUAGGAGUUAUGAAGAAAGACUUAACUCUAAUGAAUGGCAAGCGGCAAUGAGGUUGAGGAAACAUAAGACGAAAGAGUUGGAAGCACUCAUUAGGCGACUAAAAAGCUCAUCGAAGGGGGAGAAGACUGAUUAUUCGGUAAAAAUUCAAGAAUUGCAUAAGCAGCUUGCAAUGGAUAAAGAGGAGGAUGAAAGAUUUCAGGGGGACAGGGAUAAUUUCCUAAGUGUAGCUCUGGAGGGGUACAAACGCUGUCUGGUCAUUGGUGACAAAUAUGAUGUCAGAGUGGUAUUUCGGAUUGUCUCCCUGUGGUUCAGCCUCUCCUCCAGGCAAAUUGUUGUAAAUGGCAUGCUUAACACAAUUGAAGAGGUCCAGUCUUACAAGUUUAUACCGCUAGUAUACCAAAUUGCUUCAAGAAUGGGCUCCAGAGAUGGUCAUGGACCUCAUAGUUUCCAGCUCAGUUGUUUGAUUUUUCAUUUUCUGCAGUUUUCUUUGGCUUCUCUGGUGAAGAAAAUGGCGAUUGACCAUCCAUACCACACAAUAUUUCAGCUUCUUGCUCUGGCAAAUGGUGAUCGCAUCAAGGACAAGCAGCGUAGCAGGAACUCAUUUGUGGUUGAUAUGGAUAAAAAGCUUGCUGCAGAAAACCUUUUACAAGAGUUGUCUUCCUACCAUGGAGCUAUUAUUAGACAGAUGAAACAAAUGGUGGAGAUUUACAUCAAACUUGCUGAACUAGAAACAAAGAGAGAGGAUACAAACAGAAAGGUUAAUCUUCCAAGAGAAAUUCGCAGUGUUCGACAGCUUGAACUUGUACCGGUAGUAACAUCCAGUUUUGCAGUUGACCGUAGUUGUCAAUAUCCUGAAGGCUCUUUCCCACACUUCAAAGGAUUAGCUGAAUCAGUAACGGUGAUGAAUGGUAUAAAUGCUCCAAAAGUGGUUGAGUGCCUAGGUUCAGACGGUAACAGAUAUCGACAAUUAGCAAAAUCUGGAAACGACGACCUGAGACAAGAUGCUGUUAUGGAACAAUUUUUUGGUUUAGUUAACACAUUUUUACAUAACCAUCGGGAUACAUGGAAAAGAAGAUUAGGAAUACGUACAUACAAGGUGGUUCCUUUUACUCCUAGUGCUGGUGUUCUCGAAUGGGUAAAUGGCACUCUUCCUCUUGGUGAAUACCUUAUAGGAAGCACGAGGAAUGGAGGUGCUCAUGGGCGAUAUGGGAAAGGAGACUGGACAUUUCCAAAAUGUCGGGAGCACAUGACAAAGGAACACAGCAAGGGCAGGGCAUUUCAGGAAGUCUGUCAGAACUUCAGGCCUGUCAUGCAUUACUUUUUCUUGGAAAGAUUUUUACAUCCGGCUGACUGGUUUGAGAAGAGACUUGCAUAUACACGAAGUGUUGCAGCUAGUUCAAUGGUGGGUUACAUUGUUGGACUUGGCGAUCGACAUUCCAUGAAUAUUCUAAUUGAUCAAGCCACAGCAGAAGUUGUUCACAUAGAUCUUGGUGUUGCCUUUGAGCAAGGGUUAAUGCUCAAAACACCUGAGCGGGUCCCUUUCAGACUGACAAGAGACAUAAUCGAUGGUAUGGGUGUUAGUGGUGUGGAAGGAGUUUUCAGAAGAUGUUGUGAGGAAACUCUCUCUGUUAUGCGGACAAAUAAAGAAGCUCUUCUAACUAUUGUUGAAGUUUUUAUUCAUGAUCCUUUGUAUAAAUGGGCUUUAUCCCCUUUGAAGGCUCUGCAACGUCAGAAGGAAACAGAAGACGAUCUUGAGACAAGCUUGGAAGAUUCACAAGAAGAAUAUGAAGGGAACAAGGAUGCUGCACGUGCAUUGAUGCGUGUUAAGCAAAAGCUAGAUGGAUAUGAAGAAGGUGAAAUGAGAAGCGUGCAUGGGCAGGUUCAACAACUCAUACAAGAUGCUGCUGAUCCUGACCGAUUAUGUCAAAUGUUCCCUGGAUGGGGAGCUUGGUUGUGAUCUGAAACUUCCAGCAAACCAAAUCAACUUGCAAAGGCGGCUCAUUUCUUCUGUUGAGUUUCUUGGCGUACAUAGUUUCAUCUCAAGUCACGAUGCAAAGUGAAAAGGAAGAAGUGAAAACCAUGCGACAAUUCUUGCAAAUGGUAUCUCUUGAACACAUGCUCCCUCAUAAUGCCGUGAAUAUAUCUGGGGUAGUUGGUUCAAUGGUUGUAUAGUGUACUUAGUUAGGGUUGUGUAGAUUCUAACUAUUCUAACAUGUGGCAUGUGGAAAAAAUGAAAAAGAUGUAUAUGUAUAGAUGUAUAGGAUAAGUAUGUAUGAUUCUUUAUUUCAUUUGAUUUUUUGCAUGCCCAUUUCCCCUCCUCAA